AUGGCAGGCAAAAUGACAUUGUAUAAACUGGUGGUCUUGGGCGACGGAGGUGUGGGCAAGACGGCACUCACAAUUCAGCUCUGUUUAAAUCAUUUCGUCGAAACAUAUGACCCAACCAUUGAAGACUCGUAUCGGAAGCAAGUCGUCAUCGAUCAGCAAUCGUGCAUGCUCGAAGUUCUCGACACCGCGGGGCAAGAGGAGUACACUGCCCUGCGGGACCAGUGGAUUCGCGAUGGAGAAGGUUUUGUGCUUGUUUAUAGUAUCACCUCACGCGCCUCGUUUAGUCGCAUCACCAAAUUCUACAACCAGAUUCAGAGAGUCAAGGAAUCGGCCAAUUCCGGCUCUCCCACUGGAGCCAGCUAUCUUGGCUCCCCUCUAACAGGGCCGUCUUUAGGCGUUAAUUCCGGUCCCGUUCCGGUGAUGUUGGUUGGCAACAAGAGUGACAAAACGGUGGAAAGAGCGGUUUCUGCGCAAGAAGGAGCAGCUUUGGCAAAGGAGCUGGGAUGCGAAUUCGUCGAAGCAUCGGCGAAGAAUUGUAUCAAUGUGGAAAAAGCGUUUUACGAUGUCGUCCGGCUCUUACGUCAACAGCGACAGCAACAGCAAGGUGGUGGCCGAUUACAGGAGCGACGAACGACGGGUUUCCCGGGCCAACAUCGUGAUCGCGACGCUAACCCAGAAUAUCCCAGAACUUUCCGAACUGAUCGCGCGCGGCAGCAUCGGGGUGGCAUUAAAUGUGUCGUUUUAUAA